GAUAUUUUUCUAGAAAUGAUUGAUUCCUGCCUGUAAAUUUUGGUGCUGAUUAUUGAUCUUGGUCUCCAACCAUGUAACCAGCAGACAACAAGAGCACUUUAAUUGAAUUGUAAAAUGCCACCCGCUGGAAUAAAGGAUUUUCUUAUUUUGAUUGUUUUCUUUCUUGACUGGACUUCCAUCCUUUCUGAUUGUGUGCAUCUUUGUUUGAGUCCGUUUUCGUACUAUCAAAGGAUAAUUUUCCUUUUUUACAGCAGACAACUUCACAUCUCAUCUUCUAUUUCUUAAACACCGUGGCGCAGAGAAUCUAAGACAAGUUACAAGAUCAACGGUCUGCAAUAUGAUUUUCGACUGGAUUCACCGCGCUUUCUCGCCUUAUAUCUAUACACUCCCCACCCCGAAUCCGUUUCAACUACAAACCGAGGACAAACCAAAAUCUGAGCGAAAGAAUCUGAAAUAUGGUGUUGAAUUGGAAUAUGUGUUGGCAUUUCAUGAUCUAGAACUUGAUCUUACAGACCAUGAUGGGCAUGGUGCUAACCAUGGAAUCGAGAAAAAUGUUCCGUUAGCCAUUCGUCGCGACCUAGCAUGGAGUCCAGCGGUCAGCACGCUCUUUGGAAAACAUGCCAAUAUCAUCUACAAUAGCUGGGCCAUUCGCAAAAAUAAUGUUAAAAAUGAGGACGAGAAGAAGGACAUAUCUAAUUUAAGGCCAUACAAUCUCGAACCACAAGAAAUAGUCUUAAAUAAACUUAACAAUAAGGUUGCAUGGCUUAAAGGUAAUAUCAAGCAUGGAGGUAUACGAAGAAAGAAGGAUAAAGCUAAUGGGUCCUACGAUCAAUGGAUCAUUUCGACAGAUGCAACAGUUGUCGGCCAAGGUUCCACAAAUCUUUAUAAAUGGAUACCACGUAUCUCUAGCAGAACUUCUAAACGAUGGGAUUCUUAUGGCAUAGAAGUGGUAUCUCGAGUUCUCAAGAGUAACGACCAAAGAGAUACGACCGAGCUUGAAGAAAUUGUCAAAGCGCUCAAAGGUACGGGAAAUGAACUAUAUGAAGGCUUCAUAACAAAUCAAUGUGCCCUACAGGUGCAUGUCGAGGCCCCCGAUCUUGCUACACUGAAAGAGUUGGCAUGUAUCUUGCUGAUAUACGAAGAUGAGAUCUCAAGACUGCACCCUAGAUGUCGUCGUCCAGGUCAUCCUGCUGCAAGGGGCAACCUCAUUAGCAACCGCUUGCACACGCUUCUGGGUGCGGAUUAUGUCGCAUUGAAGGACAAAUUCUAUGAGAUCUGGGAUCAGCCAGCGGAAAUUUCUGUCUAUAGAAAACAAAGAACAAUCAAACAGAUUCGCGAUGAAGUUGAUCAACUGCAGGAUGAAAAGGAACUUGCUAGUUACAUGUGUUUCCCUACGGCAUACACAAACAGGCUAGUAAAUUUCCAAUCGUUGAGAUCCUCAUCACGAGCUCAUACCAUUGAGUUCCGACAAGCUCGCGGUUCACUGAACGUAAAGGAUGUCUGUCAUUGGGUCGAGUUCUGCUUGAAAUUGGUGCAGCUUGCAGAAUACUAUGUUUCAAAUCCAGACGACAGAAUCCAAGAAUGGCCUGGUGGAGAUGAUGACGCUACAGAAGAGGUUGAUUUAUUCAGAUUAAUGGAUAUUAUGGGGCUGAAUGAUAAGAGUAUAGAAUUUUGGAGAAGCAAAGUUGCUAAGUAUAUGGGGUUUAAGGAAGAGGACAACCGAAGUGACACUGAAAAGCUUCCCGAGGACAAGAAGAAGACAAUACCCCCCAAGCCUCCGAAGCCCCCUGGGCCACCCAAACCACCUGGAGGACCGCCUAAACCACCUGGAGGACCACCCAAACCACCUGGAGGACCACCUAAACCACCUGGAGGAUCAGGUGUGGUGACAUAUCCUACUUUGCCAGGACAAACAUCCGUACAGCAGCAUAUCCCUUUGAUAGUACCUUCACUGUUUUCUCCGACUCGGAACAUGAAGAAACUUCCAAGACGAAAAACGCCAAAGCCCGAAAGACCAAAAGUGAUAUCGGAAGCUAGAGCAAGGUUGAUAGAAAGAUUGGAAGCGGCAGCUGGGCACAACCCUUAUUUUGAUGUAGAUGUCAGUGGAAAAUCAAGCAUUCCCCCAGCACAAGGUGCUGCGGAAUCACUUGCUGAAUGCUUGAACGCUAGUACUGGUGGUCUAACUGCUUCACUUCCAAUAUAUCCUCAACCAUCAAAUACUCAAUUACCUCAAAAACCUCAAAAACCUCAAAAACUCCCAAAACCUCCAAAACCCCCAAAACCACCAAAACCACCAAAACCUCAGAAACUUCAGAAACCUCAGAAAUCAAAGCCUGAGCUAAAACCACUGAAGCCCCAAGUGACUUCUUCUAAGCCAAGGCAAAAAGUUGUAGGAGCAGAUGGUAAAGUGCACUACCCUAAACUUCCGUCAGACAAAACAGAUACAACAAAUCCAGAUUACCUGCCUGGUAAUGAUGAGGAAGAUGCAUCCGCAGAAUCUUGGAUAGACCUAGGCUAUGAUCCAGAUUACGAUCUUAUACAUGGCACUGGCAUAUAUGGUGAUUUUCCACCAGGUACACCAACUCCUCCCAAAACAAAAACGAAAAUCGUCCAGCCAGAGGGAAAAAAAGAGGAAGGCCCGCAAGGUUAUGGAGUAAACGCCCCAGAUGGCACCGGCGACGAUCACGAAAGUUUGAUCACAGGAAAGACUAAACCUUUAAAGCCUAAACCUUCAGGGCAUGCACCCACCAAGGUCAAGACCCCACCACUUGGAGCUGUAUUUAAUCCUCCUCCUAAGGUGACCGGCCUUAGCUUGUUUGGUGGUCUUGCCACAUCAGCUGCUGGAAACGCAGAACCCAAAGUCACAACUGCCCCUAUUGUUAGUUUAACCUUCCAUCAUGUGCCAGCUGCACCGGUGAAACCGCAACCUACUGGAACAACAACGGAAGUUAUCUAUCCUACACUCCCGAAAAUAGGCAAAACCCCUACCGGGAAAAGACCUCCAGAAGAUUCCUUAGAUAAGAAAAAUCCCAAAAGACCCAAGCCCACUCCCAAGCCCGCACCUUUGGUAGGGGCUGUUCCUUCUUCAAAGAAAAGACCGCCAACAGGGGAGCCCUUGCCAGGCGAGAAAGUUGGGAAAAAACCGAAGACCACUCCUACUAAAUCCAGUGCCUUUAAGCCUGUGGGGACACUUACAGUCGAUGGGGUUCUCGAUAUUCUUGAGACUUUGAAGAAUUUGGGCGAUGAAACGGUCCGAAGAGAAGCAAUGGAGCAAUUGCACAACACUGGUGAGGGAAAUAAAGCAAUUAUAGCAACGGCCAUCUCUAUCUUUGCGGAUAGCCAUCAAUCGUGGCUUCCAGAACACGUACAGGACCACAGCAAAGAUAGUGAUGAGUUGGCUGCCAAAAGGGCGCAGAUGAUAAUUGACGACGAGCUUUAUGCAUUAAGCCUCCUCCGCGAAAAUGAGCGCGAGCUAGAAAUCAAACAUGGAACAAAGAAUCUCGGUCACGAGCUACGAGUAAAACACCCUAAGCCCACAAAAAUUGGGCUAGAGGAUCUUGAACUUAUCAACCCUGGAACCAUUCAUGAGAGGUAUAGGAUUAAGAAUUACGCUAGGAAAGAAUGGGAUGUGCUCUACACGACAGCUAUCAUUUCGGGUAAGUUUGGAACAUGUGGUGCUGCAGCUGCGGUGCUAUCUCUUCGAAACCAGUAUCCCAACGAGCCAUGGACGCAAGGCUUAACCAAUGAGAACUUUCUGAGGGACUGGCUUGAAACGAUCCCUAGAGCCGGGGACCAAAGAAGGGUAAACUAUUAUGAUGAAGAACAGCUCAAUAACGCUCUUGUGAGAAUGACAAAUGGGCAGCUCCAACUUGCCGUGGCUCAUAAAGGUCUGGAGCACUUCACUAUGUACGGCCCCCCGGAAUCCGCUCUCCUCACUGCACAUGGCGAGAAGGCUAGGUAUCUGUAUGUACAUUUAACUCAUAUGUCAUUUCAUCCCGGGUCUGGAGGUAGACCGUACCAGCAUUUCGAAGGAAUGAAGAGAAGACCAGGAUACAAGGAGCACAAGUAAAAAGGCAGGACUCAAGAUAUGAAUGUUUGAUCUAAGCAAUCGAUGUGUUUGUUUUCUUUGGGGAAUGAAGAUUCUAAUUGUAAUUAUUUGUACACUUUGAUAUUUGAGAGAUUACCGAUGUACUGUAUUUUCUUACACUCGGAAUACAAGUCAACCUUGAGGUUAUUUGAUACCUAGUGAAGCAAAACAUGGCAAGAGAGACCAUCAGUGCCUAUUUAAUAGACAACAAAUCUAUCA